GCGCGGCGGGGCCCGGGCGGGGGAGAGCGGCCGAGUCGAGCUCUGCGCCAGGCCGGUUGGGGCCGGGCUGGCCGGAGGGGCAGGUUUGUUUCCAGAGCACAGAGACAAUGCUGAGGAAAGGAGCUGCUUAACCUCUCACAAUGCCCUUUUCUGACUUUGUCUUGGCACUGAAGGACAACCCGUACUUUGGGGCUGGCUUUGGCCUCGUUGGGGUGGGCACAGCCCUGGCACUGGCCCGGAAGGGGGCUCAGUUUGGGCUGGUGGCCUUCAGGCGCCAUUAUAUGAUCACCUUGGAGGUGCCCAGCAAGGAUAAGAGCUACCAGUGGCUGCUGAACUGGAUCUCCCACCAUGCCAAGCACACACAGCACCUCAGCGUUGAGACAUCAUACCUGCAGCAUGAAAGCGGGCGCAUCAGCACCAAGUUUGACUUUGUCCCCAGCCCUGGGAACCAUUUCAUUUGGUAUCACAGGAAGUGGAUUCGCAUUGAGCGCAACAGGGAGAAGCAGAUGAUGGACCUGCACACAGGGACCCCCUGGGAGUCUGUCACCUUCACUGCCCUGGGCACCAACCGUGAGAUCUUCUUCAAUAUCCUCCAGGAAGCCCGGGAGCUGGCGCUGCAGCAGCAGGAAGGGAGGACCAUCAUGUACACGGCCAUGGGAGCAGAGUGGCGGCAGUUUGGCUUCCCUCGCCGCCGGCGGCCGCUCAGCUCCGUGGUGCUGGAGGAAGGUGUGGCGGAGAGGCUGCUCCAGGACGUGAAGGAGUUCAUCGACAACCCCAAGUGGUACAGCGAGAGAGGGAUCCCCUACCGAAGAGGCUACCUGCUGUAUGGCCCUCCUGGCUGUGGGAAAAGCAGCUUCAUCACAGCCCUAGCUGGGGAGCUGCAGUACAGUAUCUGCCUACUGAGCCUCAGUGACCGCAGCCUCUCCGAUGACCGGCUGAACCACCUGCUGAGCGUGGCACCGCAGCAGAGCAUCAUCCUGCUGGAGGAUGUGGACGCAGCCUUCGUCAGCCGGGACCUUGCUGCUGAGAACCCAGCUGUGUACCAAGGCAUGGGGCGCCUGACCUUCAGCGGCCUCCUCAAUGCACUGGAUGGUGUGGCCUCCACAGAGGCCAGGAUUGUCUUCAUGACCACCAACUACGUGGACAGGCUGGACCCAGCGCUGGUGCGGCCGGGCCGCGUGGACCUGAAGCAGUUUGUGGGGCAUUGCUCGCGCUGGCAGCUCUCCUGCAUGUUCCAGCGCUUCUACCCUGCGCAGCCCCCAGCAGACGCCCAGCGCUUUGCAGAGCAGGCUCUGUCCGUCUCCAGCCAGCUCAGUGCUGCCCAGGUGCAAGGACACUUCAUGCUCUACAAGACGGACCCUGAAGGUGCCAUUUCAAACGUCCGCUCCAUCCUGCUGUGACCAGGGGCCGGCUUUCCCUUGUCACACUGAGAGGACUGGGACAAGGAUGUGGAGCUGCCCAGCCACACAGGCCAGGGCUCUGCUCACCUCUCUGCUUUUUAUUGAAACCAAGGAAGAGUCAGAGCUGCUUUACAGCAGGGAGAGCGAUUGGUUAUUGCUGCUCCCCGGACUUGAGUGCUCCAGCCCUGCUUGCCCGCACAGGUCUCCUGCUGAGAUCGCUGUAAGUGGGCUGCUAGAUGGGAACCCUCUUCCUUGCCCAAGACAGGCACUUCCCUGGGGCAGGCAAUUUGAGUGCUGCACUGCUAAAGAGCUGCUGGGCUCUGAAGGGAGAGCACUCUUCACUGGAUUAUGAGUAACCUCUGUGAAAUGCACAAUGUGAUUCUUGU